AAAAUUGAGUUUGCCCUAACCUCGACUUUAGCCGAACCCGAACCCGAGAUGAGCUGCGCUUUGAGGAAUUGACACGAGGACGGCUUCGAGGACGCGGAUUCGACGAUAUUUUGUUUUCUUCUUUGAAGAUCUGCGGAUAGUCUUAAACUGCUGUCUGACACGUUUCAAUAUGGCGCGCGAGAAAGGCGGGCUGAAUCCUGCCCAGGCCCAACACAAGAAAGACAAAGCCAAUGCGAUCAAAAAAGCAAAAGCCGAGCGCGCAGAGCGCAUGACUGAGAAGCUUGCGCAGCGGAAUCCCGAGCGGAUGGAGAAGCAGAUCCAGGCUCUUAAAGAUCUCGAUUCGCAGGGCCGGCUGCAGGGUCCAGAUAAAAAACUGCUGGCCGAUCUCGAGAGGCAGAUCGUGCUCGUGCGGCAGGCUAAGGAGAAGCUUCAGGGUGGGAAAGGAGCUGUAGCGCAGGAGAGCGAGAGGUCUGGUGGUGCGCGGACAGCGGAGUUGGACAGGCAUGUGAAUGCGUCGGGGGUGUUUGUUCUCAAAGGCCGCGAGCGGCGGAGUAUAUACUGGGAUCCGGUGUUCAAUCCUACCGGCCUGCCUCCCGAUGGUUACAAGUACGCGGAAUGGGACCAGGGCGAAAUCAGCGACGACGAGAGCGAGGUCGAGGAUGAGAUCUUUUUCAGGCCAGAUCUGGGUGAACGCUCUGCAAAGGGAAUUCCGUUACCCAAAGGUCCAGCACUACGCUACGAACGAGGCGCAAAGACAUCGACCGAGUCGUCGUCGUCGUCGUCGUCGUCGACAGCUCCAAAGACUACGUAUGAGGCAGCGCCGGUCGUGCGUGACUUGAAGAAAGAAAGCGCGGCGUUUGUCCCGGCUUCGGUGCAGCGCAUGCAACAGCAGAGGAAGCGGGCGGGAAGUUUCGAUGAGCCAGUGGCGGAUGACUUAAAGAAGAUAAGGCAUGUUCAACUUGAAGACGAGGAGUAGGUUUGCUGCCAGCCACUAGAGAGUGUACGAUAAUACAGACAGAUGAUACAUUACU